UCCAUGUCUGGGAAAGGUUUGUGUGUUGUGCACGUGUGAGCACCUGUGUGUCCAGGCCAGCGUGGUCACAUGCUGUGGGGUAUGUUUUCCCUAUGUCCGGUGGUUGGUGUCUCUGUCCACUUAUUCCUCAUCUGUCUCUUCACCCGGAGUCCUCGGGGUCUGGGGUCUCUGCUGUGGGCCUCCCGCGUGUCUCCUGUGUGCAGGCAGCCAUGUGUGUGUGCAGCCGGGGCUGAGUACCACCUGGGUCGCUCGAGGAGGAAGAGUGUCCCCGGGGGGAAGCAGUACAGCAUGGAGGCCGCCCCCGCUGCGCCCUUCCGGCCCUCGCAAGGCUUCCUGAGCCGGAGGCUAAAAAGCUCCAUCAAACGCACGAAGUCCCAGCCCAAACUUGACCGGACCAGCAGCUUUCGCCAGAUCCUGCCUCGCUUCCGAAGUGCUGACCAUGACCGGGCCCGGCUGAUGCAGAGCUUUAAGGAGUCACAUUCUCACGAGUCCUUGCUGAGUCCUAGCAGUGCAGCCGAGGCCUUAGAGCUCAACUUGGAUGAGGAUUCCAUUAUCAAGCCAGUGCACAGCUCCAUCCUGGGCCAGGAGUUCUGUUUUGAGGUAACAACGUCAUCAGGAACAAAAUGUUUUGCCUGUCGUUCUGCGGCCGAAAGGGACAAAUGGAUCGAGAAUCUCCAGAGAGCCGUAAAACCCAACAAGGACAACAGCCGCCGGGUGGACAACGUGUUGAAGCUGUGGAUCAUAGAGGCCCGGGAGCUGCCCCCCAAGAAGCGGUACUACUGUGAGCUCUGCCUGGAUGACAUGCUGUACGCGCGCACCACCUCCAAGCCCCGCUCGGCAUCGGGGGACACCGUCUUCUGGGGCGAGCACUUCGAGUUUAACAACCUGCCAGCUGUCCGUGCCCUGCGGCUGCAUCUGUACCGUGACUCAGACAAAAAGCGCAAGAAGGACAAGGCGGGCUAUGUGGGCCUGGUGACUGUGCCCGUGGCCACCCUGGCUGGGCGCCACUUCACAGAGCAGUGGUACCCCGUAACCCUGCCGACAGGCAGUGGGGGCUCUGGCGGCAUGGGGGGCUCAGGAGGGGGCGGGGGCUCGGGAGGUGGUUCAGGGGGCAAGGGCAAAGGAGGUUGCCCGGCUGUGCGGCUGAAAGCACGUUACCAGACGAUGAGCAUCCUGCCCAUGGAGCUGUAUAAGGAGUUUGCAGAGUAUGUUACCAACCAUUAUCGGAUGCUGUGUGCAGUCCUGGAGCCCGCCCUGAAUGUCAAGGGCAAGGAGGAGGUAGCCAGUGCCCUGGUCCACAUCCUGCAGAGUACGGGCAAGGCCAAGGACUUCCUUUCAGACAUGGCCAUGUCUGAGGUGGACAGGUUCAUGGAACGGGAGCACCUCAUAUUCCGCGAGAACACGCUCGCCACUAAAGCCAUAGAAGAGUACAUGAGACUGAUUGGUCAGAAAUACCUCAAGGAUGCCAUUGGGGAAUUUAUCCGCGCUCUGUAUGAGUCUGAGGAGAACUGUGAGGUGGACCCCAUCAAGUGCACGGCGUCCAGUCUGGCAGAGCACCAGGCCAACCUGCGAAUGUGCUGUGAGUUGGCCCUGUGCAAGGUGGUCAACUCCCAUUGCGUGUUCCCGAGGGAGCUGAAGGAGGUGUUUGCAUCUUGGCGACUGCGCUGCGCAGAGCGGGGUCGGGAGGACAUCGCUGACCGGCUGAUUAGCGCCUCGCUCUUCCUGCGCUUCCUCUGCCCAGCCAUCAUGUCGCCCAGUCUCUUCGGGCUCAUGCAGGAGUAUCCAGACGAGCAGACCUCACGAACCCUCACCCUCAUCGCCAAGGUCAUCCAGAACCUGGCCAACUUUUCCAAGUUUACCUCAAAGGAGGACUUUCUGGGGUUCAUGAACGAGUUUUUGGAGCUGGAAUGGGGUUCCAUGCAGCAGUUCCUGUAUGAGAUCUCCAACCUGGACACGCUGACCAACAGCAGUAGCUUUGAGGGCUACAUCGACUUGGGCCGAGAGCUCUCCACACUGCAUGCCCUGCUCUGGGAGGUGCUGCCCCAGCUCAGCAAGGAAGCCCUCCUGAAGCUGGGCCCACUGCCCCGGCUCCUCAAUGACAUCAGCACAGCUCUGAGGAACCCCAAUAUCCAAAGGCAGCCGAGCCGCCAGAGCGAGCGGCCGCGGCCUCAGCCUGUGGUGCUGCGGGGCCCGUCGGCCGAGAUGCAGGGCUACAUGAUGCGGGACCUCAACAGCUCCAUCGACCUUCAGUCCUUCAUGGCGCGAGGCCUCAACAGUGGCCUGAGCCUCAGCCAGAUGGGUGUCACCACGGACGGCGUUCCUGCCCAGCAGCUGCGCAUCCCCCUCUCCUUCCAGAACCCUCUCUUCCACAUGGCUGCCGAUGGGCCAGGCCCCCCCGGGGGCCACGGAGGGGGCGGUGGCCACGCUCCACCUUCCUCCCAUCACCACCACCACCACCAUCACCACCACCGAGGUGGAGAGCCCCCAGGGGACACCUUCGCCCCAUUCCAUGGCUAUAGCAAGAGCGAGGACCUCUCCUCGGGGGUCCCCAAGCCCCCAGCCGCCUCCAUCCUUCACAGUCACAGCUACAGUGAUGAGUUCGGACCCUCUGGUACUGACUUCACCCGUCGGCAGCUCUCACUACAGGACAACCUGCAGCACAUGCUGUCCCCUCCCCAGAUCACCAUUGGUCCCCAGAGGCCUGCCCCCUCAGGGCCCGGAGGGGGGAGCGGCGGAGGGGGCAGUUCGCCGCAGUCGCCGGAGCCGAGCUACGGCCCUGCCCGUCCACGGCAACAGAGCCUCAGCAAGGAGGGCAGCAUUGGGGGCAGCGGGGGCAGCGGUGGCGGAGGGGGUGGGGGGCUCAAGCCCUCCAUCACCAAGCAGCAUUCUCAGACGCCAUCCACGCUGAACCCCACAAUGCCAGCCUCUGAGCGGACGGUGGCCUGGGUCUCCAACAUGCCUCACCUGUCGGCUGACAUCGAGAGUGCCCACAUCGAGCGGGAGGAGUACAAGCUCAAGGAGUACUCCAAGUCGAUGGAUGAGAGUCGACUGGACAGGGUGAAGGAGUACGAGGAGGAGAUCCACUCCCUGAAGGAGCGGCUGCACAUGUCCAACCGGAAGCUGGAGGAGUAUGAGCGGAGGCUGCUGUCCCAGGAAGAGCAGACCAGCAAAAUCCUGAUGCAGUAUCAGGCCCGGCUGGAGCAGAGCGAGAAGAGGCUGAGGCAGCAGCAGGUGGAGAAGGAUUCGCAGAUCAAGAGCAUCAUUGGCAGGCUGAUGCUGGUGGAGGAGGAGCUGCGCCGGGACCACCCCACCAUGGCUGAGCCGCUGCCCGAGCCCAAGAAGAGGCUGCUCGACGCUCAGGAGAGGCAGCUUCCCCCCUUGGGUCCAACAAACCCGCGUGUGACGCUGGCCCCACCUUGGAACGGCCUGGCCCCCCCAGUCCCGCCCCCCCCACCCCGGCUGCAGAUCACCGAGAACGGCGAGUUCCGAAACACCGCAGACCACUAGCCCACCCAGCAUCACAGACCUCCUUGCCCAUCACUCCACCUCGGACAGCACCGACCACGGGGACUGGACGUCGCCGAAGGACAGCGGGACUGCCUCCCUGAAUGCUUCCUGGGGGGCACCAGUCCCCCACCCCCACUGCACCGUUUCCAGGAGGGAGAGUGGGGACCCUUAGCUGCCCCUCUUUCCUUCCUGUUGGGGUGCUGCCCCCUGUGAUCCCUGAGGACCCUUGCCCCAGGACACCACCUACCCCACACUGACCCCUUCACUCCGGGGUGCUAUCCCCAUCCUCUGCCUCAUCGUUCCCCUGAGCACUGGGGGACAGACCCUCGCCCCCACCCUGGGGGUGUGGCACCUCCAAACUUUCAACUUCAGGGUGAUUUUUUAGCAGUAACCAGAACUGACAAUCUAAUUCCCCUCCAUUGCCCCAUUUUGGCCUCCCCUGUCCCCCUUGUUAUGGGGAGGGGACCCCGGGUGAGGGGGCCCUACCCCUUGAUUUCUCAGGAGCGUCUGGGGGGGCUCAGCACGCACAAACUCCUUCUCAUCCUACCACUCUUAAAUUUACUCCCUCCCCACCCAGAACCCAGAUGGGGUGGAGGGGCCACCGGGGCAGGGUGGGGGCGGCAAGGGGGGAAUGGGAGUUGUCUCCCCUUUCUCCCACACCUGAUCUGCUCUUGGCUGGUCCCAGAGCGGGGUGAGGGGGCUGAUGCCCCCCCCUCCCCCAGUGUGUUGGGUGGGGUGGAAUUGAGGUUAGGGUGAGGGGUUAGGGUUUAGGAGGGUGUGUAUGUUGGGGAGGACAGACUAGCUGAUCUGCCCUACCAUGACACACAGCCCCCCCUGCCCCUCCCCUCUCUCUUCAUGGUCUCUACUCCCAGGGGGACGGGGGAACUUACUCUAGGAAAAGCCAUGUCUCUCUCCCCCAGGGUGGGGGGACCUGUGUGGAAGAGGGGUGUUGGGGGCCUCUUUCCAUGACUCUGUCCCCUGGGGGAGGUAGGACAGGGCUGGGCUACCCUCUCUUCUCCCCCCUUCCCAAUCUCCCUCCACCUCCCUCCCUCCCUCCCGCCAGCUCCACAAUUUUUCGGUGUUUCUCUGUACAUAGCUCUCUGGCGGGAUAGGGGAGGUAGGAUGGAUGGGGUUUGGGGUGGGUAGGUCAUGAGAGGGGAGAACCCCCUUCUUGACACCCCUCUUCCUUGACUGCUAUCCCCUACCCAGCCUUGCCCCCUCAUCCCUUCUUGCGUUUGGUAUUGAGACUUCGCAGACUCCACCCUUCUUUCUUUUGUAUGGACAGUUCCCCUUCAGUCCCCUCCCCCUAAUCACAUACACCCAGCCGGGGCCAAAUUUAUACUUAUAUAAAAGUUGUAAAUAUGUGAAAUUUUAUCCCUGUGCCCUUUCCUUGCUUUCCCAACCUCAGACCCUACCUGGGACCCCCCCUUUCUCCUCUUAUUUGGCUGUUGUAAUUAUCUGGGGUUUGUACUGUACAUAUCUGGGGUGUGUGUGUGGGGGCUGGGGGCAACCCCUGUGUACAGAGCUUCCUAGCCCCCUCCCCCAUGCUACCCUCCCCACCCACCACCCUAGGGUAGGGAGAGGCAUCUCCCUACCCGUUUUAUUUUGUUUUCUCAUUUUCCCUCCCUACCCAACCCCCCUCCCAGCCUUCUCUACCCCUACCGCCCUCCCUUUUUCUCCACUCCCAGCCCCAUUUCCUUUUUUUCUGGAGUGUGUGGUGAAACUGAAAAACCAUGUUUAAUAAACGGAGAUUGUUCUUUUA